UGAGUGAUGUGACGAAUGUUUAAACCACACCUUCAUCACAAAGAACGACCGCAGCACAAACGCCCGACAGGGAGUAAAACACCUGACACCGUACACCUCCCUGCACCUGAAGAGAGCUCAAUGGCGGAGGAAGCAGAUUUUAUGCGAUCUGUGUUGCCCAUUCACAGGUCAUUUCUAUCGGACGACUCUUCUUUGGCUAUACCGAACACGGACAACUUGACAUACGCCGAUACUCACCGACGAAACCGAGUACAGCAACAAGUGCAGCUGACUCUCUCGCGCAAAAGAAAGAAACCAAAACUGCCAGAUUCUUCUCUCUCAGAAAGCUUGUCCAGCUGUCACAUAUCACGAAGUAUAUCUUUAGGAAACAUUCACCUGAAGCGAACGAUCCCGUUGGUCAACCAGGAUGCUACGCCGCAAACAACAAGACCAUUGUUGAUUCCCGAUCGAUCUCAGUGGUCGAACCCAGAGCCUUCUCGUUUUCACAGGGGCUUCGGAAGCUUUCGUCACAGAACGAGAGCGGGUAUUCGUUGGGGGUCCAAUUCUUUUACUCUCCCCAGCUCCACUCCAACCAACCAUUUUCAUAUGACCAAACACUCUUUACGUUACACAGAGUCAGAAGUUCUGCGUAAUCCGAGGUUGUACGUUUCUGGCCACUCUGUUAUGCAAUUCCCUAGUAAACUGGUUUAUGAUGCCAGUUUCGUGGAUGACACGGAUGACGUGUUUUUACCAAGCACCCCACAUAACGUUGGCCUGGAAGGGUUUGAGAAUAACAGCGUUCGAAGAAACCUCAACAUGCAAAUGGAGGGGGGUUUGGGUUCUCAUGAACAGACAAAGGACGUGUCCUGGCAGAGUCACAAACGGAAGCUGAGCCUGGACAUUGUUGCAGGAAGACAACCCAUCCAACACAGCUCCCAGAUCAGCACAGUGGAAAAGUCAGAAAGUUUUGGAAGGACUGAAAAGCAGGAGGUCAAACAAAACACAAUGACGGCUUCAAUAAAGCUGGGCAAGCAAAGUGAGCAAGGCACAGAGAUGACACUAAAAAGGGCUGUAAAUCAUCUAGGGGAAGAUGAUAUGGAAGUGCAAAUCACUGCAGCUAACUUCAUUCAGAACCAGUGCUUUAACAAACCAGAUGCUAAGAUAAAGCUAAAUGUUUUAAAAGGCGUUCCAAAGCUGCUGAAGCUCUUGGAGAACGACGACGAGGAGCUCCAGCGAGCCGCCGCCAGCGCGCUCCGAAACGCAGUUUUCGAAAACAACGAAAACAAGAUGGAAAUCAAAAACUGCGAAGGGCUUCCGGUGAUCUUGGGCCUGCUCAAGAACAACCGGGACAUUGAGACUCGAAGGCAGCUCACGGGGUUGCUGUGGAACCUUUCAUCUCACGACCUGUUGAAAGAACAGCUCGCAAGAGAAGCGGUCAAACCUCUUACAGACAACGUGCUGGUGCCUUGCUCUGGCAUUUGUGAAGGCGAGGAUCCCAAACUGGAUCUUUUGGCUGACCCUGAUAUUUUCUACAAUGCUACUGGAUGCCUGAGAAAUUUGAGUUCAGCUGGUCCUGAUGGACGUGAAGCCAUGCGGGACUGUGAGGGCCUUAUCGAGUGUCUCAUCUAUUACAUUCGUGGCACGAUUGCAGACUAUAAACCUGAUGAUAAGGCCGCAGAAAACUGUGUGUGUAUCCUGCACAACCUCUCCUAUCGGUUUGAUUGUGGGAUGCCUCAAAUAGAUGGCCCAGAUGUUCAGGAGUCCAAACAGAAUCUCACAGCACAAACUAAUCCUGGCUGUUUUAUCAUCACAAGUCCAAAAUAUACAGAGGAAACAGAGACCGAUUAUCCUCUAUUGGAAGAGAAUGCCAAUCCUGAAGGUGCCGAGUGGCUCUGGAGCGCAAUCACUGUUCGCAUGUACCUCUCACUUAUUGCUGUCAGUGCUAACCAAACCACAAAAGUGGCAUCCAUCUCAACUCUGCAGAACCUCACUGCUUGUUCUGGAGAGAUGUCCCAGGCCAUCGCACAUUUCAUCGUGCGAAAAGAGGGAGGCCUUCUUCAUGUGAAGAAGAUGCUGCAAGAAGAAGAAAAGGAAGAAAUUAGAAUAUCAGUGUCGUUGGUUAAAAACAUCUCUCGCUACAGAGAACUGCACAGAGACAUCGUGAAUUUGGUGCUACCAGAGCUGGUUACCAUACUACCGAACUCUGACAGUGACUCGGAGUGCCCUAUAGAGGUCACAGUCACAAUCUGUCAAAUCCUUACCAACCUAAGCCAUGUGUCUGUACAGAACACCUGUGCAAUUGUAAACCAAGGAGCAUUACCCAAGAUUAUGAGCAUCAGCGCCAAAAACAAUGGAUUUGGGCCCACACGGGCAGGCAAGGCAGCCUGUAUUUUACUGCACACCCUGUGGAAGCAUACUGACCUGCGUAGCAGUUAUAAGAAGGCUGGUUACAGGAAAAGCGAUUUUAUAAAUAGCAGGACAGUGAAGGCUGUGAAUUCUACCCGGGAAUAAAAGAACCAAGAAAUGCAUCACAUUUUCAUCUGUUUCCUUUUUAAAAACUGGUGCUAACAGCAUUAAUAUGUGUGUGUUUGUUAUCCUAAUUUAAUAUUGUUUUUUAUUAAAUGUAUAAUGUAUUAGUGAUGUAAGUUAGUAAAUGCUCAUAUGUCUGUUAACUGUACACAUCUUUUAAAAUUUAUUUAUUACCUUUCUUUUAAUUUUUUACUGCAUUUGGUUUGUUAAAAUAGCAAUAAAACACAUUCUUACAUAAGCUA